AUGGCGGAGAAAGACGCGACCGUCCGCUUGCGGCGCGCCGUCCAAGAUGCGCAACCCAGAUCCACACAAAAACGCUAUACGUCACUUGCGUGGGCCGCCGUCCUGGGACACGAAGAGACGUUUGAAUAUCUUCUCAGCAGCGGACAUGACGACCAUGAGUACAGCAAGGACGCGGAAGACAACACUAUCCUCAACUUGCUGGCUGGUGCACGUCCCCAGCCAUCUGGCCACCAGUCCAAGAGCUCCUCUGAGCAGGAUUUCCUGGGCGCAACUCUCCGCAUGGCACGAAUGUACAUCGACCGCUUCCCGGACGUCGUUGAUUGGGCCAAUGUAGAGGGGAAAACACCACUCCAUGUCGCUGCAUUAAAGGGAAACGAGGAGCUUGUCCGGAUGCUCUGCGAUCUUGGUGCCGACGUCGACCUUGCCGACAACGAGGGGAACACCCCUUUACACUACGCGAGCUCCUGGGGACAUAUUACCAUCGUCCAAUUGUUAAUUGAGCGCGGAUGCCAGUACCACGCGCGGAAUAACCAGGGGUUCACUCCUUCCGACUAUGCAUACUCAGUAAGCACGCGGGAGACUCUGCAAGACACAGCUCGAAUACAGUUCGAGAUCAACAAGAAGGCUCGAAGAGGCGUGUUUCAGCAGGCCGCGGCGAGAGGGAGUGAGUGGGGCGGGAACAUGCAGGUAUAUCCUCCAUCGCCUCGGGAAAACUCGAUGCAGACCAAUGGCGGGUCUGUGAGGAUGCGAAGUGGUUCUGGCACGAGCCAUACGACUACGACAUCCAACAGUGGAGAUGCACUCGACAACGGUGUUUCUGCACAAUCAUCAUCGAGGUUCUGGUCGUCCCCCUCGCGGCGGCCAGCACCAUUACCGUCUGGAACACAUUCACCUGGGCAACCCUCGGCAAGCUCGACAAGCAGCGCUUUCGGCUUCGCUUCCUCCCCAGUCUCCCAGCCCAGCUCUGCCACUCUCCUUCCCACAAUGACCACGAACGCCGCUGCCGCCCUCUCCCCUAUCGCGACACGAAUGCGUGAGCGCGACGCCGACGCGAUGGAGAAAUACAAGCUCCGACAACGCAGCGGAAGCGCGACUACAGCAUCCACAGACACCCCAUCUCAACACGAACCCGCAUCCUCUCCACCUCCUGCCCCUCCCCCAAAGGAACCGACCGUCCACCAUCACGACGACAUCUCGGCUCUCGGCUCACACGUCCUCGCAAGAGUCGCGCUCGCGUGCGGGCACGAGCCCCUCUCUGCUCAAGCCCGUAAACGGUCACGCCGCCCCUCCCCCUCCCUCACCGCCGACGCGUCCGGGUCCAGCUCCGGCUCCGCGCUCGCGACACCGACGCAGAACUCGACCGUGCGCCCCGGCGCGCACCGCGCCGGCAGCAGCAGCAGCAGCACGAACAUGCCCCUCUACGCGGAGAUGUACACCGGCCCGCCGAGCGAGUACGCGCGCUUCCCGCCUCCCCCACGCGGGUCGCGCGAGCGCGAGGGGUCCUCCGGCGGCGGCUUAAUCGGUGGCAGCAGCAGCAGUAGCGGGACCGCGGACCCGGAGCGCAGCGCGACGCCGACGACGGCGAACGCGCCGGGCUCCUCGCGCCGGCUACCGUUCAACCUGCUCGGGAGCCACAAGCACAGCAUGGACGGGCACGUCCCGAGCUCCAGCCAUCGGCGGAACGCGUCCGUCAACGCCGUCGUCCGGUGA